AGGCUGGCGGCUGCUCGAAUGUUGGCGGCUGGGUCUGUGUGGGGCGGGUUGACGGGGGGCGGGGUGAUGUCGCUUGGGCGUGUCGGCUGGGGCGAGAGGGGCUGCUCGGCAAUGCCGAUGUCCUGGGCCAUCUCCAGGUCGAUCCACCGGCCUCUCAGCUCACCCUUCGUCCCCUCCUCCCCUUGACUCGUGCAGGUGGGCCGCCACUCGACCAGCACGUUAUUGCCGCUGGCAUCCCGGUGCACCAGGCCGCCGCGAAGAUCUCCGCCUGCGACACGAGCAGAGACAGGGCCAGCGAGCGGAUGUGGUGGGGGGCGAUGCCGAGCUCUUUGAGGGUGGUCUGCAGGCGCUUGAUCUUGUUGACGAGGCAGUUGGCUGUCGGCAGGUCGGCCCUCGCAGCAAAGAGGUCCGUGAGCGAGACGCUGUUGGACCAGAUGGGGUCCUCCUCUGCCGCUGUGGUGACCUCCUGCUGGUCGUCAUAGGGGCUGAUGCUGUCGGCCUCCCACUCCUCGUCGCCAUCGGCCUCGUCCUGCUGCUCAGCUGCCGCCCUGGAGGCCGCAAGGGUUUCGGCGCUGAUGCACAGCUCCAUCGGCCGCGGGCAGAAGUCGGGGGAGGCCAACAUGGCGUCGCACACAGGCAAAUAACAGACAGACACGUGGAAGAGCUGCGAAUGUGUGUAAAUGUGCCGUGUGUGUGGCGACCCACCGGCUGCCCUGCCCAUCGAAAUGCCGCCAGUCUCCUUCCGCGACGACUGUGGCUUCGAGGCGGUCUUGCGGUGGCGCAGCCGCUCGGCAACAGAGGGCGUCAGGAAGCCUGGAGUACACAACGCAAUGCAACUCAACGGGGGAGUGCGUUUGAUGUCCGCGUCUGUGUGCGUCUGUGUGUCGGCUGUGCUUACUUAUGUAUUCUGAUAUGGAUAUGUAGAAGUGCCCCUGGAUGCCCAUGACCACCCGCUUGUAGGCCGCGUUGGGGCGGUCGGCCAGGUCCUCAGGCACGCGUGUCUUGUCGAUGAUGAUGUAGUCGUGCCACUCCUUGGGCAGCAGCCGAAUGGGCAGGACUCCCGUCGUCGGCGCCAGGCUGCCCCUCGCGCCCCCUCGGGCCACUCGAGUGACUGGUGGUCGGCGGGGACGCUGCCGGACGCCUUCAACGCGGCCGUGAUACCGCCGCCGCGGGCUGACAGGCGCUUGAUGGCCUCCACCUCCCUCAGGAUGGUGCUGCUGGCGUCCUCUGGCCGCUGGGCGAAGCCCAGGGGGAUGUCGCACUUGAGGACGACGCGCUGCCCCGACGCCAGGUGGCCCUCGAUUAUGGCAACUUCGCUGCUGUACUGCAGCAUAAAGCGGCCGGCGGGGCUGAAGACUGACAGGACAUCCAGUGCCGUCGCCUCUGGUGUGCCCGCCGCCUCUUGUGUGGGUCCGUCAGUGGCCGGCCCGAUGUGUGCGUGGCAAAGAAAGAGAGAAGCGCCGUCUGGCGCAGCUCCCUCAUCGUCGGUGUCGCCCUUUCCUUCUGCUGGGAGUGGUGCCGACUUACCGGACGCCUUGGUCCGCGGCACCGGCUCGUCGGCCAUCUUGCACAGGCGGUGGUUGCGGCCGCGGUCCUUGACGGGCGUAUAGCGGUUGGAGAACAUGCUGUCGCGCACCGAGUUGCAAUACGAGCCGUACUCGGGCCGCCUUUUGUGCAGACCCGCCACAAACUGCAGACACACAGAGAGAACAAGAGAAUGUAUUGAUGCAGACAGACACCUGGUGUGACAGACAGGAGACCAUACCCACCUCGUUGAUCUGAGGGUAGUUUGUGCUGUUGAUGUUGCCGCCGGGGAUGUCGUUGUGGCACACGAAGAAGCUGGAUGAGUGUGUAGUUGAUGGUCAUGUGCGUGGCAAACACGCAGGCCAUCGACUCGGCCUCCGCCAUGUGCUCCUCAAGCAGCUUGAACACGCCCGUGAAGGACUUCUCCAACUGCACACACACACACACACACACACGCAUCCAUCCAUCCACCCGUCAUCAGCCAUGAUUGCCUGCCCACCUUGACUAUGUUCGUCCGCCGCGUUUUGGUGAGAUUGUCGUUCGUCCUGCCGGCUAUCAUCUCGCUCCUCGCCUGCGCCACAUAGCCGUCCACCAAGUUGUGCAAACAGCCGGUGGCAUGAGCCAUAUUGGCGAAGAGCUCGUCCUUCUCCCAGCUGGCCGCUGCGGACUCUGGCUGCGCCGUCGAUGCACGGGAUGAGUGGGGGUGGUGCGAGAGCGCUCGCAGGAAGCACCACACCUGCACCACACCUGCCUGGCUGGCUGUCGAAGUACGACUCACCCAAGAAGGUGAUCUUGGUGACACCGGGUGGCAGCGCCGCCCCAUACUUGACCUCAGUGUCCUCGAAGCCUGCACACACGAACACCCAGCCGCCCAAAAUGACCACAUGUUGGUAUGCAGCGAUCGAUCUAUGUCACAGUGUUGGCCGGCCGACCUGGCUCUUUGGCGACGAGUUUGAUGAGCUCGGGGAGCUGUUCCCUCUCGCUCUCCUUCUGGUUCUCCCGCUUCUGGGAGGACUUGCCGGGGUUCUUGACCCGCGGCACCGGCUUGUCAGCCAUCCUUUUCGCCACAGUUGAUUAUGCGAUAGAGACGGCUUCCCUUCCACAAGUCUUUGUUCCUCGUCCUUUUGGCGUCGUCCGGCCACUCUCGGUCGGCAUCCAAGAGGUCGAGCGGCAGGCCACGUGGAGCAGCACGUCAUAGGCAUGCUGCAGAAGGCAGGCAGGCAGGCGCUAGGCAGGCGUGUGUGUUUUUGUGUGCGCACCGACCUGCCAAAACGCCCUGCUUACUUUUCUGAUAUUCAGGAGGCCUUGGUCUUCGGGCACGCAUGUCCGUCAUCGUCCCCGACUAGGUAUCGCGACACAAGAGAGAAAUGACAGGAAUAAGUCAGUCGUCAUAUACCAGCAGCACAGUGUGGUGCAUCGGGGCUGCACAGCCGGCAGGCAGCGAAAGUCAUCAGAACUGCUGAUGGCAGAAAAGGAAAAAGAAUAAAACAAAGAAGGCCGUCUCCCUCCUCUCUCGAAUUCUCGACCGUCCUUCUUACCCAAAAUCGGUUCUUGCUGUCGUAGCGGGAUUACAAG